CCGGAAGCUAUCGAGUUAGCUUCGUUGUAAACAUGGACGAAUGCAGAUGUCGAUGAUGCGGAUAAAUUAUUGGGGAUAUUUUUUGAUAUUUUCAUAGUUUCCUAAGAGCUACUCUUACUUACAAAGACUAAAGUGAAGAACUCUUGGAGACAGGAGGAAGACAAUGACGACCCAGGGUUAUUCCGGGCCUAACUAUGAUAAGUGGGUGGAGAGGACAGAGACUUCUACACUACAUAAGAUGAAGGAGACAUUCUGGACCACUAAGCAGGCUGUAAUACAGAAGCUGGGCAAGAAAGAGGACGAACACGUGGUGGCCUCGGACUCCGAACUCGAUUCUAAGUUAGAGGUAUUUAGAGCUAUCCAGAAAUCUUCGAUGGGUUUACUGAGGGUAUUAGAGAAAUAUCAGGACAGGCUAUGUGUGUUGUCACAAGAGGAGAAUGCUACAGGAAGAUUCCUGAAAUCUCAGAGUAACCUGGACAAAACGAGAGCUGGCAAAAUGAUGGCUGCUGUAGGAAAAUCACAAAGCUUUGCUGCUCAGCAAAGGUUAUCACUACGAGUGCCUCUAGUACGUCUGUACCAGGAAGUGGAGACUUUCCGAUACCGUGCCAUAUCUGACACUCUGAUGACUAUAAAUAGAAUGGAGGCAGCCCGGACGGAGUACAGGGGGGCCCUACUGUGGAUGAAGAAUGUCUCGGAGGAACUCGAUCCUGACACCUACAAACAACUGGAAAAGUUCCGAAAAGUGCAGGCCCAGGUUAGAAAGACGAAGGCCAAGUUUGACAAGCUGAAGUUGGACGUGAUGCAGAAGGUGGACCUGCUAGCCGCAUCUCGCUGUAACAUGUUCUCUCACGUUCUCGCUAAUUACCAAUCUACGCUGCUCCACUUCUGGGAGAAAACUUCACGCACCAUGACAGCUGUGGCAGAAAGCUUUAAAGGAUACCAAUAUUAUGAAUUCAACAUCAUCAAAGAACUGGCUGAACCCAGUAAAAAGUUGUCAGAGGAAACGUCAAAAUCGGAACCAGCAGAGCGAGACACCGCUGACGAGGAGUUUGAUCCCAGCAACUGUAAAAAGUGCACAAGUAGAAAGUCAAAUGAAGAGUCACAGUCAAUUGUCUCCAGGUACACAGAGGAGGACGACCAGAGCGAGGGGAUUUGUCCGGAGUGUGGACAUUUCUUUCAAGGAGAGGGAGACAACUAUCCUAGCACUGAUCUAGGACAGAAUGCUAACACUGAGAGUAGUCUCCCUUCACAGAUACAGGAAAUGUGUUCAGAAUCAAGUGAAGAUAAUAGGUUGAUAGCAUUUGAUGAGGAAGAAGGAGAAACAGAAAAUGCAGAAAUUAGAAAUGACAGCCUACAGAAUCUAUAUGACAUGAGUACAGAAAAUCAGAACAAUUCCACUGACCUUGGGAACAAUGUUAAGGAUGCCGCUCCAUUUAUAGAGAUGGAGGAAGACUCUGGAGAAUUAAAAGAGGAAGAUUUUGAUUUCUCUGGAGCGUUUACAUCGAGUGAGAAACCGGCCGGGUCAAAGUCAGAGAAAGUGAUCUCUGACCUUUUGGCCGAUGACCUUCCUCUGGGUCAGGACGACACGGACAAGGACGACCUGACAAUUCUUAACGAGAUCCUGAACGCCCCCUCCACAGGCGGUGACGACUUCUCCAAGGAGUGGCAGGCAGUGUUCGGAACCAUGCCCCUCUCUACCGGCACCACCUACACCCAGGGGGAGACGGAUCAGGCCGAGUUCAUGCCCUCUAACCUCCUGGAUCUCAACAAACAGAUGUCAGACAUGAGCUUAUCUCAGAGUACCCCAUCUGCUGGAGCCCAGGCUUCAAGUAAGCCCCCCGUCUCCAACAAGUCACAGCCACAGCAAACCAAAUCAAAAACCAGUAAACAGGGGAGGAAGGACAUGUCGGCGUGGUUCAGUCUCUUUGCUGACCUUGACCCUCUCUCUAAUCCUGACGCGGUCGGGAAGACGUCGGACGACAUGCAGAGUGCCCAGUUCUAGUCCUACGCUGAACUCAUUAACUUGUCAUGACAACAACACCAUUCUCCUCAUCUCGUGAUUGUGAACUCUAUUAUCUACAUACGGCAUUUAAGCUUAUAAAUUCAUUCUCCUUCAUUCUGUUGAUAUCUUUCUCCCAGUAUAAAGUAAUGUUUUCAGAAAUGUUAGUUUUACAACAGAUCCUAUUUGUUAUAUUUCUUCUCAGCUAUCAUUCAGUGGGUUACUGACAGGGUAUUAUAUUUGGAUAUCUAAAUAAUCUUGUUCUACAAGUAUUUGUGUAGUGUAUUCCUAAAAGAAAUCCUCUUUGAAUAACAAUUCAAUAAUCAAUCCUUAUGUGCUCAGUUGUUAACAUACAUGUUUUUUUUUUUUUAAUAAUAUUCAAGUAAUCUCUUUAUAGAUGAACUUUAGGUAAUAUUUUAUUUUCAGUUGAUCUGUAUGAACUGAAUCUCAGAUUGUGAUAUAAGUAAUAAUGAUAUCAACUGACUCUGUGUCCUCUAAGAUUGUACUAUUGUUUGUAUCUUUUGUUAUAGUGACAUUCCUUACUGUUGUUAUGUUAUAGAUUUUGUAGAUUUUAUAUUCAUAGAUGUGCAUAUCUUAUGAGCAGUUUAUGACACAAAUGCAGGUAUAUUAUAUAUGGAAGAUGUUUAAUAACUAUUAUGCAAAAUUUUGAAAAAAUUGACUGUUCAGAUUUUUUUCAAUAUUCAAUUUAGAAACAAGUUUAUUUUGUAGAAAUUAUGUAAAGUUUUCUUUGCCUUUGUAACUAAAUGAAUGCAAUUGUUUUGUUUUGCAGUUUAUUUCAUUGUUUUGUAAUCAGUUCUAACUACUUCAGAUUUUGGUAUUCGAAUACUUGUGUAACAUUCUGACAGUAUUGGUCAUGUACCAGUAGUAACAAGCUAAAAUUAUUAAUUGAUAGGGAAGAAGGGCAUUGGGUGGGAGGGUCCAUCUUUCAGCAAGAUUUAUUGAGUGGUAUAUUAGUGAUAUAUCUAGCAUUGUUAGAUGAGACUGAAUGUUUACGCAUUAAGAAUGAUUGAGAGACAUUUAUCUCGUUUCUGUUGUUAAUGUUUAGGAGUGCAAUACAUGAAAUAUUAACGCAUUAUCUUUAAUAUGUAGAAAAAUAUUUAUACAUAUUAUCAUGUAGAUUUAUCUUCAUAUAUUUCUUUUAUUUGAAGCACCCAGAUUUGCAAGCAAUGCACAAAAUCUUCAUUAAUUAAAGGUAUUUAAAAAGGAAUGAGUGAUACAGUGUAUUUGCAAUUGUUUUUAUCAAUACAUGUAUACACAAAUUGAGUUCAAGUAUUACAUUGUAUUUACAUUUUGAAAAUUCCUAAAAUUCUGUUGUGAAUCUCUCUCAUUCCAUGUGGAUUCAAUUACAUUCCAUUCCAGAAAAAUUAUUACCUGUUGAGAUCUCGUUUUAUGACAGCUUUAUUGGCUCAGCUUUUCUUUAUUCGAUGAAAUCCAGCAUGAAGGUUGUGGGGCAUUUUUUUCCAAUAUUAUUUUAUUGUGAUAUUAGUGUAUGUGUAUUUUUGUUUAUUUUUUGCUAUUGUUAUAUUUCAUAAUGUCGGAUUUGUCCUUUCUGUAAAUUUGACAAUAAAUUCAUGUCUCAUAUCAUGCAAA